GGAAUGACCAUGAGUGAUGAGUGCAAGCUCAAUUUCUUGGAACUAAAAGCCAAACGAAACCAUUAGUUCAUUGUGUACAAGAUUGACAAAAUGACAUAAUAGGUGGUCGUAGAAAAAUUAGAAAGUCCUCAAGAACCUUACCAAGAUUUCACCGACGCCUCGCCUGCCAAUGAAUGUCAUUAUGUCAUCUUUGAUUAUGAUUUCAUUAUUGACAAGAAUUAUCAGAAAAGCAAGAUUUUCUUCUUUACACACAAAACUAAAUGACACACACUAUUGGUCCUUGAUGCGUCAAGGGUGAGAAGUAAGAUGCUUUAUACAAGCUCAAAGGAUAAAUUCAAGCGAUAAUCAAAUGGGGUUCAAGUUGAGUUGCAAACAACUGGUCCUAGUGAGUUGAGCUUGGACAUCAUCAAAGCUCAAGCUUUCUAA